AUGGCGGCGAACGCUCGUGUUGUUGUUGGCGGCAGUAGACCGUGCUGGCUGUGGUUUCUCGUGGGGGCUGCCAUGAUACUACUGCCGGCUACCAACGCCCAGACGACGGCGGCUCCUCCGUCAUUAUCCGACGUUACCAUUGGAGCUGCCCUGGAGUUGUGGAUGAUGGAUGAGUCGGCGGCCAUCGAGCAAUACGGUCGGAUCGAAGACUGGGAUACCUCCCAGGUAACCUCGUUUCGUUAUCUCUUUCAAGAUAUUACCACCGAUUUCAAGUACAAUCUCAAUGGCUGGAAUACCUCCCAAGUCACCACGAUGUUUCAUAUGGCACAAAAUGCAUUCGGCUUUGACGCCCAAAUCGAAAACUGGGAUACCUCCAACGUUGAAGAUUUUACACGAUUAUUCAGCGGAGCCACCAGCUUUAAUGGAGACCUGAGUCAAUGGAAUACGGGCAAAGUGCUAUCCAUGCUAUACGCCUUUGAACAGGCUUCCGCAUUCAACACAGACAUCUCUCAAUGGAACACCAGUGCUUGUCAGAGUAUGCUUUCCAUGUUUGAAGGAGCUACAUCAUUUGACCAAGACUUGUCCCUUUGGGAUAUCAGGAAUGUGCUAGACGUCCGAUUCAUGUUUUCAGGGGCUUCUUCCUUCAAUGGAGACCUUGCGAAUUGGCAGUUCAAUCCAACAGCCGUACUAUUUAAGGGCAUGUUUCAAAACGCGACAAGAUUCAAUAAUCCAGGUAUAGAGCAGUGGAAUGUCGAACACGUCAAGGAUAUGGACUCCAUGUUCCUCAACAAUGAACGGAUGGACCUAGAUUUCUCCCUGUGGAAUACAUCCAGUGUAGAAACGGCGGUCUCCAUGUUUGAGGGAUGCAGUUCAUUCACAGGUGGAUAUGGUUUGGAUGCAUGGUCGACAUCUCGAGUGACAACGAUGGACGCCAUGUUUCGAGACGCGGAAGCAUUCGAUGGAUCCAUUGGAGGCUGGGAUGUAGCAAAAGUCACCUCCAUGUACCAAAUGUUUCGCGGCGCCCGAUCGUUUAACAAUGACAUUGGUGCUUGGGAUGUUUCAUCGGUAAACGAAAUGGAAGCCAUGUUUCGGGAGGCUCAUUCGUUCAAUGGAGCUAUUGGUUCUUGGGAUGUUUCCUCUGUCACGAGCAUGCAGGAGAUUUUUAGAGAUGCUUCCUCUUUCAAUUCCCCUAUCAGUGGAUGGGACGUCUCAUCGUUGACAUCUAUGAGGAACUUCUUCUCGGGAGCGUCCUCAUUCGAGCAACCCUUGACAAACUGGAACACUGCCAGCGUGGUCGACAUGAGUGACAUGUUUUCCCACAUGGCAACCUUCAACGGGGACUUGUCCGGGUUGAACACUGCCUCUGUCACAACAAUGAGAAACAUGUUCUUCAAUGCCAGCAGUUUUGAAGGAGCAGGCUUGGAAACCUUCAACACGGCCAGGGUCACAGACAUGCGCGAUAUGUUUUCACGUUGCUACUCCUUGAUUGAUCCAGAUCUCUCUAGUUGGGAUAUGUCUUCCGUCACAACCAUUCGUGGGAUGUUCAGCUACUGCUACUCAUUCAAUUCACAAAGUUUGGCCAACUGGAACACUGUGUCACUAAAGGAUAUUGGAUACACUUUUGUCUACAACGAAGAGUUUGAUGGAUCUCUCGCCGGUUGGAACACUGCUUCCACAACUGCCAUGGAAGGUUUCCUUCAGGGUGCCCUUAGUUUCAACCAGGAUACAUUUGGAAACUGGAGUACCGACUCUGCCUACUUUUUUGAUGCAUUCUUUCGUGGUGCCCAGUCGUUCAAUCAACCAGUUCCUUUCAACACUUCGUCGGCUCUUAGCAUGAGCAUGAUGUUUCAAAGUGCCUUUGAAUUCGCACAACCUGAGCUGAAUUUCGACACUUCUAAAGUGCAGGACAUGAGUUACAUGUUCCGUGACGCCUACAGGUUCAACGGAGACAUCAGCAGCUUCAAGACAACUAACCUAAUCAGGGCGCCUGGAAUGUUUCAAAAUGCUUCAACCUUUAACCAAGAUUUGACCUCGUUUGAUAUGUCCAACGUGGAGGAUGUCAGCGACAUGACAUCUCUCUUUGAGGGAACCAGCUUUGCCGGUAACUUGUCCGGCUGGGACACCGGACUGGUGACGUCCUUCUCACGUAUGUUUGCCAACAACCGCGAGUUUGAUGGAUCCUCCAUUUCUGAAUGGGACACUGGCAGUGCCAAUGACAUGAGCAGCUUUUUCGACGGUUGUGAGAAUUUCCGAGGCGAUGUGUCUGAUUUUGACACGCAAAACGUGCAGGACAUGUCUGCCAUGUUUCGUGGGGCAUCCAGUUGGACCUCGGACAUUUCGAGAUGGGACACAAAGAAAGUUGCCGAUAUGAGCUACCAGUUCGACGGAUGCUCGUUCUUCAACAACGACCUAGAGGGCUGGGAUACCUCCAAAGUGAAAUCCAUGGCCGGUCAGUUCCGCGGUGCUGCUUUCUUCUUUGGUUUGCUUUCCUCUUGGAACACAAUAGAAGUGAAGGACUUUUCCUCCCAGUUUGAAGGGGCUACUCGCUUUGAUGGUGAUGUCACAGAGUGGGACGUAUCAGGAGCCAAGGACAUUUCCGGGAUGUUUCGCGGCGCCACUUUAUUCAACAGAGAUCUGUCUGGUUGGAACGUCGGCAAGGUGCUGGACAUGUCGGAGCUUUUUCUGAAUGCCAGCAACUUUCGGCAAACGCUCUGUUGGUCAAUGGACGAACGCGCAACAGUAACUGAUAUGUUCAAGGGCAGUCAAGCAUGCUUUGACGAACAAUGUGUCGAUGACGAGGUGAUGGAUGAAUUGAGUUGCCCCGGUGGCAGCGAUGGCGAAACAAGUCAGAUCGGAGAAGACAACACAAACAUUGGAGGCGUCGCUGUUGCAAUUAUCAAUGAAAAUGCGUCGACGUCGGGCGCACAGGGAACGUCCAUUGUGCUAUCUGCAAUAUCGCUGCUUGCAUGUGGUUUUCUGCUUGCAAGUGGCGUUCUCUACUAA